CACAGUGGUUGGAGUUUGCGCAGUGAGUGGUCCUGUAUAGGCGAGCGGCGUGUAGUGAACAGUCUGGUCAUCACCAUGGAUCCGGCCUGGCGUCAGCAGGGUCGGGGUCGUGGCCGGGGUCAGCCACAGGGUCAAACGUCGCGACCUCAGAGAGAGAGGGCAGCAGGCCCGGCAGCAGAAUCCCCUAAGGCUCCUAGUGGUGUGUGGGCUGGAGAUGGGAGGGGGAGAGGAGGAGACGGGCGGGGGAGAGGAGGAGACGGGAGAGGAGGAGACGGGAGGGGGAAGAACACUACUGCUCAGCUACAGCCUGUUAACAGAGGGAAGAACAUGGUAGCACCUUCACAACACACUGCAUCGAGCCAAUCCAAGUUUGAGGAGAUCAGGAAGUCCAACCAGGCUGCUGCUCAGCGAUUGGCUCAGAGCCAGUACAGCUCCUCCUCAGACGAUGAUGUCGAUGAUAUAGUCGAUGAUGGUGGGAAGGUCCAGGGGAAGGACGGUAAACGAGGGCAGAUUCUGGCCUCGACGCUCACCACCUACACGGACCAGACUGGUGAGACGACACAUACUGAUGUGUGGCUCGUGCUUUAG